AUGUCUGACAAGAGGAAUGAUGACCAUAUCGUGAGGCUGCCAGAUCACUUACCACGGUCCAAGAGCGGCACCGAAGCGGCAUCACAGUUCGGCCAUGUGCCUUCGUCAAAGCCUCUCUCAAAGCUUGACAACAGCCCGGGGGCCGCCAUUGCGUCGUACUGUCUUGCGUCAAUCAGCAUGACCCUCAUCAACAAGUACGUGGUAUCAGGAAACUCAUGGAAUCUUCAUUUCUUCUUUCUCUGCAUUCAGUCUGUUGUCUGUAGCGGAGCAAUCAUAUUGUGCAAGCACCUUGGUGUGAUCAACGGAUUGGCCCCUUUUGAUACGGGAAAGGCAAAGAGAUGGUUUCCAAUCUCCGUGCUUCUUGUAGCCCAGAUAUACACCGGCAACAAGGCGCUUCAGGUUCUCUCUGUACCGGUGUUCACCAUCUUCAAGAACCUCACCAUCAUUGUGAUCGCGUACGGAGAGGUCCUAUGGUUCGGCGGCAGCGUGACUCCUCUCAUGCUGCUUUCCUUUGGCCUGAUGGUCCUGAGCUCUGUUGUUGCAGCUUGGGCUGAUAUACAGGCUGCAAUUGGCGGCGGUGAUCUCGCGGAAACAUCUGCAUCGAUAUCGACUUUGAACGCGGGAUAUGCAUGGAUGGGCUUGAAUGUCAUGGCGCAAGCAUCGUUCGUUCUGGGGUUACGUCGAAGGAUCAAGAGUAUGGGCUUUACGGACUGGGACACCAUGUUUUACAACAAUCUGCUGACGAUUCCUGUGCUGGCCGCUGGCACAAUCUUGACCGAGGAUUGGUCACGAAAUAACGUGGCCAGCAACUUUCCAGCCGAGUCGCGCAAUGCCAUGGUGAUUGGCAUGAUCUAUUCAGGGGUUGGUGCUAUCGGCAUCUCGUACUGCACGGCCUGGUGCAUCAGAACAACGUCGUCGACGACAUACUCCAUGACGGGGGCUUUGAAUAAGCUUCCCCUGGCGAUCAGCGGUCUUAUCUUCUUCCACGCGCCUGUAACAUUUGGCAGUGUAUCGGCAAUAUUUUUGGGCUUUGUUAGUGGCCUAGUGUAUACCUGGGGCAAGAUACGCCAGACAGAGCAGGCCAAGAUGUCACUUCCUACGACAAACCAGCCGGUGUUGAGCGCCAGCGCGCAGAGCAACAAAGACGUGGCGUAG